AUUCUCGAGCAGAGCGGUAGUGCCGAAUACAAAUUUUGUUCGUUGACUGAUUAAAAGUGAAUUUAUUUUAAAAUGGACAACGAUCCAUUGAUGGACUUUUUCGACUUUUCGAAAGAUUUUAAGCGCGCUGUACGUCCUUCUGGCAUUAUAAGCGGUAAUCCAAAGGCACUCGCCACUGAGACUUAUGACGCAAAGCUCCCCGUACGCGAAGUAGUUGGCACGGAAUAUGUCGCACCGAUUGUGGCCAAAGAACAGGAGCUAUUGAAUAAUCUUGACGAACAAAAGUUUCAGGAACGUUAUCAAGACAUCAGCCUGAAUGAGAUGGAAGAUGAUAUUGACGACGAUGAGAUGCUACCGACCAUACGCAAUGACGCGGAAUACUAUAAAAAAUUCCAUUUUGAUUUAAAACGGGACACCAGUUUGCCGAUAUAUGCCCAACGUGAGGAGAUCAUGGAGGCCAUCGACAAAAAUCCAAUUGUUAUCAUUAAGGGAGAGACGGGUUGCGGAAAAACCACUCAGGUGCCGCAAUAUAUUUUGGAUGAGGCCGUCAAACGGGAACAAUACUGCAACAUUGUGGUCACUCAGCCACGUCGUAUCGCUGCCAUAUCCAUAGCGAAUCGGGUUUCCGAGGAACGGAAAUGGUCUCCUAAUACUGUUUGUUCCUAUCAGGUGGCGCUACACAAACCGAAAAACUUGGAGGAUACUCGUCUUUUGUACUGCACCACAGGUGUGCUUUUGAACAUACUCGUGAAGCAAAAAUCGCUGACACGCUACACCCAUAUUGUGCUGGACGAGGUGCACGAACGGGAUCAGGAUAUGGAUUUCCUGCUCAUUGUGGUUCGUCACUUGCUGGCGUUGAACUCGCAUCACGUAAAGAUCGUGCUGAUGUCGGCCACCAUAGAUCCGCGGGAAUUCGCCGAAUAUUUUCGAACGAAGACUCGCAUACCGCCGGUUAUAACGGCGAGUCAUGGACGUAAGUUUCCACUGGUGAAGUUCUAUCGCGAACAGUUCGCUGUAAUUGAAUCAAGUAAGGCGGAGGACUCGACUAUACCAGGCAUAAAUCAGGAAAGCUAUGCAGCAGCCAUUAAGAUACUGCUGGUAAUUGAUAAUAUGGAGCGCAAGGCUGAGGAUAUGGCCAAAGUUCCUUAUAUGGAUUCUCUGCGCACGGGCUCAGUCUUAAUUUUCUUGCCCGGCCUUUUUGAGAUUGAUACGAUGACUGAGAAUAUAAACAGCGUUGUACAGGCAAACCCAUCAUUAAAGAUUGUUGUUGUGCGCUGUCAUUCGCUUAUGACGCCCACAACUCAAGAAGAAGUUUUUCGUCCAGCCCCUCCUGGUCAUCGUAAGGUUAUUCUGUCCACUAAUAUUGCCGAGAGCUCUAUUACGGUGCCGGACGUGUCUUAUGUGAUUGACUUUUGUCUCACUAAAGUGCUCAUCACAGACACGGCCACUAAUUUUAGCAAACUGGAACUCGUCUGGGCCUCCAGAGCCAAUUGUCGUCAGCGUGCCGGCCGUGUGGGUCGCAUAAGAAGUGGCCGUGUCUAUCGUAUGGUGACCAGACAUUUCUUCAACAACUGCAUGACCGAAUUUGGCAUUCCAGAAAUGCUGCGGGCACCUCUGCAAACCUCCGUCCUUAAAGCGAAAGCUCUCGACUUUAUGAAGCCCGUCGAAUUAUUAGCCUUAGCCAUGUCGCCACCGAAUUUGUCUGAUAUAGGAAAUACUAUCCUCCAAUUGAAAGAGGUUGGAGGACUUUACACAACCGUUGAUGGUGUAUACGAUCCUCUGGACGGCGAUUUAACCCAUUGGGGCCAUAUUAUGUCAUAUCUGCCGAUGGAUGUCCGCCUCAGUCGCUUGAUUAUCCUCGGAUAUAUGUUCAACAUACUCGAUGAGGCCAUUAUCAUAACUGCUGGCCUGACUGUUCGCACUAUUUAUUUGCACCCUGAAACUAAAAAUAGUUUCCUAACACGUUGGGUUCAAUACACCAUGGCCGAUGGAUCUGGCUCCGAUUUGGUUGCCAUUUGGCGCGUAUUUCGUACUUACAUCAACAUAUGUCGCAAUCAUACUGGCUCGGCGGAUCGAUGGGCCCGUCGUUAUCGCUUCAAUCUGAGAUCACUCCGGGAGAUGAGUUUGAUGGUUGACGAUUUGAAACAGCGGUGCAAGACUCUCAAUUUGUCUGCUCUUGAGUCGAGUUGGAGCGAUCAGGAGAAAGCUAUUAUCCUGAAGAUUAUCAUUGCGGGUGCCUUCUAUCCUAACUAUUUUAUGUGUAAGAACAAGACGAAUUUAAGUCAAGAACGUGAAGUAUAUCAUAUCGUUGGGGGUAACGACCCAUGUCGCACUGUGUACUUCACAAAUUUCGAGCCACGCUACAUGGGCGAACUGUACACCGAGAAAAUUAAGGAAAUCUUCAAGCAAACCAACAUACCCCCCGAGAAUAUCGACGUUACUUUCCAGCAUGGCUCCGAAAAGGUUUUCAUCACCUUCAAAUGUAAAGAUUCUUCAAACGACGGCAAUACAACGGAGACAAUCAAAAAGCAGGGCCGCGUCGUAACAGAGGUCUACAAAGCUUUGCGCUUGCGCAUGAUCUGCUUGCAUCAUCCAAUACGGGUCAUGGACCAAUUCAGUGCCAUGAGGUAUGUAGAGCAAAACAAAAUAGGCGAAGUGAUUGAAGGCCGUUGGAUACCACCAUCGAAGCCCAUCAGUGUUGAUCUGCUCACCUUGCCAUCGCUUUACGAUAAAGUUGUUAAGGGUCUGAUUACGCAUAUCGAGAGCUGUGAAAAGUUCUUCUUUCAGCCACAAUCGUUGCGCGAAUGCAUUGCCAACAUGUCGGAAAUAUUUAAUUCUCGGGAGCAGCUAAUGUGCAUUGUUAGGGAGGCGAAAGUUAUAAACAAGGGUCAGUUGUUGUUGGCCUGGCAUCGGCUGACGAGGUCAUAUCAGCGCGCCGAAGUGCUUAAGGUGGAGUCAGAAAUAGGAUAUGUGCCGCAGUUUCGUGUGCAUUUCAUAGACUAUGGCAAUGUGGCCAAAUUGUCGCUGGAGGAUCUGCGUCUGAUGUCAGCCAAUGUGCUGCGGGAAUACAAAAACUUGCCACCGCGCAUGUUUGAGUGUCGUUUGGCCCUUGUGCAGCCAUCGUCUGUGGCCAGUUACAACUAUAAUUGGGCAAAGGAGGCCAAUGAUAUGCUACACUCACUGGCCAAACAUGGUACUGUGGAGCUGGAAAUUUAUUCGCUGGUCGACAACGUAGCAGCUGUCAUCAUUCCGAUGCGUGAAGGGACGCUGAACGACAAGCUGGUGGAACAUCAUUGGGCUCGGCGCGCCGACGAGGACUUUCUCUCCCGACAGGAUCACGAUUUUCGGCUGCGUCGACAGGAGCGCGCCCGGAACAUACCGCUUAAUGAGCGGCAUAACAUUAACGAGGAAUAUUUGCGUUCCAUACAGAAUGUCGUCAGUGAAGAAUUGGAGCCGCCGCCGCUCAAUAAAUGCGUCAACACCGUGCGUCUAAAGGGUCCAUUCUCUUCGCUGGAGACUAGCGUACACGCCCUAAUGCGUGUUGGCACCUGGAAGACAGUCGACAUAUCCCGCGAGUCGGUCAAUUCGGUGCUACUAGACAUCGAUCCGCAGGAUCAGCACGAGCAAAUGAUGGUGGCCGCAUCAGUCGCCACUGCGAGUCGGGUCGAUCACCUCCAGGCCCGUAACACAACCCUAAUGCCCAAUAUGCACGGAUUUGGGGCACUCAUGACGAUGCUAUUCUGUCCCACCAUGCAGCUGAAAUGCAAUAUGGACCGCACCAAAUAUGUUUGCCUGCUUGCUGGCCUCGGCUACAAUCGAAAGACCAUGGAACCAUACUAUUCCGAGCACGAUAUAUCUAUGAACCUGGAUGUGAAUAUCGAUAAGGCUGACAUUACACUGAUCAAUCAAAUACGCUAUAACAUCGACACAAUGUUUUAUAAAUACAGCAACGAUACCGAUCCCUUGCCGAGCAAGAGUAAUUGCAAUUUGAUAUUUAAAGAGAUACGUGCCUUAAUUGUCCAGCUGCUCAGCAAGGAUCGCAGCUAUAUAGAGUCGUAUACGACGCAUAACAGUUUCACCUGGGAGAACUUGCCAGAUCUUCAAGUUGUUCAGUCGCCAUAUGGAAAGCGUUGCAUAUUUCCCAUGCACGGCGUUCAGGAGCUACAGAGGGUAUCAGAGGCCACCUUGCUGUCCCUGCAGGAGAAUUGCGAAAGCCUCUACAGUUGGCGCAAUUUUGAGGGCACUUUGCAGCCAAUGGAAUGCAAACUAUGCAAUUAUGAGAUAGAAUCUGUCACUGAAUUGCGUUUGCAUUUGCUGACACAAUUGCAUCGCGAUCGCGAGCAGCAGAUUGCCUGCAAAAAGUACUAAUUACCAGAUGACCAAAGCAUAACUUUUAGUUUUGUGCGCCAAAUUGGUACACUGAACCGAAAAUUUAAACAAUUUUUCUAGUACUUACGAAACUCAAUAUGAAAUUAAGAAAUAGAUUUUUCUUUUAAAAUAUAUAACAGACGAAAAUCAGAAUAAUUCAUGGAAAAAUCCCUAAUCAAAGCACUAGAUUAACUUCAAACUAUUACUUUUAAGAAAAAGAAAAAAGCAUUUAAUUUCAAUAGUGAAGUUUUUGUUUCUUAAAACACUUCUGUUUAGAAGAGCAAAAGAUCACCAUAUGCUAUUUCUUUUAAUUAUUCAAACACCAAUCUAAUAGACUCUCACGUUUGUUUGUUUAAUACUGAAUUUAAAUCAUGAAUUUAACACAAAUACUUGAAUUGAAAAUAAAUUUUGAUUUGAUUGCUUCCCUCUCUUGAUUCGUAAGAAUAGGAAAUAUUUUGAUAUCCUUCAGCAAUUAAGCAUUACAAUUUGCUAACUGGUCUUACCUAAUUAAACAAUUUAAAAUUUUCGUUUAUAAUAUUACUUAAUUUUUCAUUCAUUAUUUCAUUAAUCAGUUAAAGCCUAACACUUUGGCGUCCCUAAAUUAAAUCUAGUGCUUUGAUUGGCAAGCUAUACACAAUAAAUUCGAAAAAUAUAAAUAACAGACAAUACAAAUAAAAACCUAAUGCAACACAGUUUAUUAAGUCGUUAUUUUAAGAUAUUUCUAAAAUUCAUUACAAA